UUAUUACCGUUUAUCUAUUUGCCCUAAUUGCUCUUCGACUUCUGUCGAGCUCUCGUCGGAGACCAAUUCUGUUGUAUUUCUUCUAGGGAUCUUCUUUUUUGCAUCCAAAAAUUUUGUUACAGGAGUCGCAAGUACCUCGUUUUUGCCAGCAAGCUGUUGCAAAUCUUGCAUUUGUUAUUUGCAUCGAUCUUUGUUCGUUUUUUUUCUUAUCCGGAAGGUUGUAUUCCGCUUGAGGUAGAUCUCGAAACCGUAGGCUGGAUCUCUCUUGGUGCGACGAUAGGGAGAGAUGGUCGGAGGCGGAAGCAGGAGGGACGAUGGGUCCUUGAAGAUCAAUAGUACCAACGUGUUCGCGGCGCUCGAGACUCUCAAGAAGAAGAAGAAGUCGGACAAGGAGUCGAAGAGCAAGGGAGCGUCUCGGAGUCAAGCGAAGGAGCAGGAACAGCAAGUCUUCUGGGCACCGGCACCGCUGACGUCCAAGUCGUGGGCCGAUGUCGGCGAUGACGACGACGACGAUUACUAUGCGACUACAGCGCCGCCAAAGGCUAUUUGGGGCGCGUCGGAGCAACGACAUAUCAAGGAGCUUGAGGCUUCCGUAGAGGAGGAAAGUGAAACUGAAGAUGAUGGUCUUGACAUUGGUGAUGAUGAUGAUAUCGAGGAACCUGAAAUUGAGCCAGAAGCUGUCAUUAGUGAACCAAUUGUUGAAAAACUUGCUCCUGUUCUAGUGCCAGCCAAGGAUGCCGAAAGGCAACUCUCAAAGAAGGAGCUUAAGAAAAAAGAAAUGGCUGAACUUGAUGCACUUUUAAAUGAGUUCGGGAUUGCUAACAAAGAUAAUAAUUCUUCACAAGAUGAGAUAAACGACAAGAAAGAACAGGAGCAAAAUGGUGAGGGCGAGAAGAAAGAAACUGUAGGUGCUCCAGAAACCAAAACCUCCAAGAAGAAGUCCAAGAAAGAAAAAUCUUUGAGAGACAUGAAGGAGCGUGCGGGGGAAGAUCAAAAUGGUAACAAGAAGUCAGAGGAGGGAGCCGCCGAAGCUGAAGGGGAGGAUGCAUCUGCAGUUGAUGUGAAAGAAAGGAUAAAGAAAGUGGCUUCCAUGAGGAAGAAGAAAUCAAGUAAAGAAAUGGAUGCUGCUGCAAAAGCUGCUGCUGUUGAGGCAGCUGCAAGAAGUGCUAGGCUUGCUGCUGCAAAGAAGAAAGAGAAGAGCCACUACAAUCAACAGCCCGGGCGGUAAUUAUUUUGUUCCUAGUUGCUUCAGUUGAGUCCAUCUAUUUUCCAAUGCAAAAGCAAACACUGGUAUGCUUCUCAGAGGAUCUGAACUUGUCAAUCAUGAGACUCUAGCCUUCGGAAGGAUGUUUCAAUCUGUGUUCCUCCUGCAACAAUUUGUUGAGACUUAUAGGUGGUGGUUGUGUCAAUGCAACAAUUUGUUUGAAGACUCAUAGGUAGCGGCUGUGUCGUGCAACAAUUUGUUUUGGCACUAUGAUAAUGAGAAUCAAAUGGACAUAUGCAAUUCCUUGAUUUUGAUA